AUGCCCAUCACAAAUGUUUUGGUAACAGGAGCCAAUGCCGGCCUCGGCAAGGAAUGCUGUCGUCAGCUUGCACUCCUCGAGGGUAUCGAAAAAGUUUACUUGGGCUGUCGCAAUGAAGAGAAAGCCAAAGCUGCCAAAUCGAGCUUGGAAGAAUCAACAGGAAAAAUGGGUGUGUUUGACAUCGUCCUUAUGGAUGUUGCCAAGUUGGACAGUGUCAGAGCGGCCAUCCAGGGGUUGAAGAAAGAUUCAGUUAUGCUGGAUGGUAUCGUUCUGAAUGCUGGUGGCAGUAGUGGAGUGCAUCCUAUGGAAAAGGCAGUGGGAAUUUGUGUAACUAAUAUCUUUGCCCUGAAUGUCCUUGGGCAUGCCCUUUUCAUUGAUCUUGCUAUCAAGGAGAAGAUUUUCACAGCUGGGACUGUGGUGUUUUCCGGAUCUGAAGGAGCUCGUGGCAUUCCAAGUCUUGCAGACCCAAGACCAGUGCUUCAAAAUGGAGCCGUGGAAGAGUUCUCAUCAAUUGCAGAUGGAUCAAUGGACGGGCUUGACAUCACAAAUGUUUAUAACUAUGUCAAGUUAGCGGCAGCUUUGUGGAUUGGGUCCCUGGCUCGCAAAUACCCCUUCUCGAAGUGCAAGAUGCGUUUCCUUACCAUGAGCCCGGGGGGUACAAAGAGUACAAAUAUAUUUGACCCCAUGGCCCUGCCCACACGAUGGGUUUUUAAAGCCAUGUUUCAAGUGAUGUGGCUAUUCGGCAAGGUUCAUGAUCUGGAAACUGGUGCCAAGCGAUAUGUGGAUGCUCUAACUGAUGAGGGGGGAACCAACUACAAGAGUGGCAGGUUUUAUGCGUCAGCAGACGAAAAUUCUAUCACUGGGCCAACUUCAGAUCAAUCUGCUAUUUGGGAUGUGUUUGACAAUGAAGUUUACCAAGACAAUGCCUACACAGCAAUUGAGAAACUGCUCAAAUAGACCGUUGUAAAAGUCAGCACCAAAUGGCCCACGUCAGGUUUGCACAGGCGAGCUGAUGCCACUAGCCUUCUACAGAAGGAUACCUUAUUAAUUCAUCAAGCUAGUUGAUUAUCGAUUUCUUCGCUGAACUCUAGACCCAAAGGUUUCGGGUGGGGUUCAAAGAAAUCAAUUGGGCCCGCCUUUAGCUAGUUCAAUCAAAGAGACUUGGCGAGGUGAAGACAUAUAUCUCUACCCCUAACCACAGUUCGUUCCUGU